ACUGGAUACACUCAAGAGAAUUUCUGGACUGCAAAGACUUCUUAUGGUUCUGAUUUCUCUAGGACUGUGGCAUGUUUUAACUGAAAAACUUCAAUGACACUGGAAACAGCCUGACACUUCUAGUAGAUUGCAAGGAAAACAAACCACCAAAGCCAUGGAAAGAAAAAAACAACAGAAACGGGAAUUCGGGAAAAGACUUUCUCUGGACAGCAGUCUUGUGGAGUAUAUGGACUCAAAUAAAUACAUAGAACAUUUAGUAACUCAGCUAGAAGAGCAACGCUGGAACCUAUGGAGGCAAAAGUUGUCUGUGGCUCAGCUGCAGCAGGAAGUUGCGAGAAAUAAGAGUGAAGGGACAAUGCGCGAGAAGCUGAUACAUGAGUUGGAGGAAGAAAGACAUUCGAGACUUGAGAGUGAAAAAAGAUUACGGGAGGUGACAUUAGAGUCAGAGCGUAACAGAGCUCAAAUGCGUGGAUUGCAGGAGCAGUUUUCGAGACCUGCCCACUGUUCAUUAUGAACAUCAAGUUGAACAUUUUAUGACAUAUUUGGUGUUUAUUUCAAUAUUUCUCAAUCAGUGAGCUUGUAAUGGGACAAUUAUACUGGCAACUAGUAUGUAGAACACACACAUCGUGAUCCCUUGCAGCACUGGCAGAAUGAGAAAUGUCAAUUGAGGUUGUUGUAAGAGGUUUCCUAAUCCUGCUGAACUAAGGAAAGAGAUUCUUUCUGAACCAUUGCCAUCUAGAGAACAUAAA